UCUUUCUUGGCGCUUAGAGUCUUGAAAUAUUCGAUCGCCUUUAACAACUGCGGGAAAUGAGUGUACAAGUCUCAAAAUGGACGAAGUUUUUCGCGAAUGCCGGCAUCCCAAGCGGACCAGCACAAAACUAUGCUGUGAUAUUUUAUGAUCACAGAAUACAGGAGGACAUGCUGCCAGAUUUGACAAAGGAGAUUUUAAGAGACAUUGGGAUAACAGUGAUGGGUGAUAUCAUCGCUAUUUUAAGACAUGGUAAAGAAGUUUAUGCUCAGAGUGAGAGAGAGAAGUCAGCAAAAGACAUGGCUGUCAUAGAUUCAACUGAGUCGCCUUCUCCUGGAAAUCAAACGCCCAUUGGUGUUAAGCGCAAGUCAACAGCUGCUAGCCGAAUGGUAGAUCAUUGGAUAAACAAUCAGAAAAGUGGCACCAGCAGUCCUGUUCGAGAUCCCCAGCCAUCACCGUCUUCUUCACCAUCACCAGCACCACCAAGAAAAAAUCUCAAAAUUGAAGCAGCCAUAUCACAGGAGAAACCUCAGGCAACUGGUGCCCAGAAAACUUUAUCAGAAAGGUUUGGUGGUCACGCUGUCAAAGUCCAUGUCACAAAUAAACCUAAAACAGCGGCAGUAACUCCACCAAAAGUUACAGAUGAGCACACAUUGAAGGUGAAGCUGCCUCAGGGAUCGACUGAACGGAGCAAGAAACUUAUAGUGAAGCAAAAACAAGCUGCAGCUUCGGCCGCAGUGAAUAAAGCAAAAGUGAUCAAAAGGCAGUCUGUGUUUGAUCGUCUGGGUAAAGAAAGUCCUCCUUUAGAGGUGGCCGUCAAGAAACCGGAAAAGAAGACUGAAGUUAAAGCUCUGAAACCUCUAAAAACAAGCAUCACAGUCCAGUUAAAGGACAAAUCGCAGGGGUCUGUUUUCAGUCGUCUCGGUGGCUUGGCCUCACCGUCAGCCGCAGCGACAGCAACAGUUCAAGCAGUGAAUCCUAGGAUUCGUCUCCCUUCCAGCGACGAUGAGCCGGAAGAUAUAGACUACACAAGUCACAGUGUACUGAAACCGGUUAAACGCAAAGGCGUUCCUGCCAAGCCAGUUAAACCUGUAAAACCGGUUAAAAGAUCCACAGGUCUCAAUUCAGACGUAGAUGCAGGGAAAUCCGUAUUUGCGCGCUUGGGCUCGAAAGUGUAAAUUGCAGUUGUCGAGAUCUUUGAAAACCAAGCGUUAAAAAUGAAAUACAUCAAUUCCAUCGAAGAAAAAGAUUGGGAAUUCAUUGAGAUGGUGAACAGUGAGAGAAAGACGUUUAUUUUAGAAGCAAGUGACAUUUCAACAAUUCUUUUACCAUUUGUCAAUAUUUAGUCCUUCUCCACAAAGGAUGAACCUUGCAAAAAAAAAAAGCAGGUUAAUGAAAAAUUGAAAUUCUUAAUUUGCCAGACACUGCAAAGGGCAGAGACGAUGUUUUUAUGAUGUCAAACUCAUUGUUGUUCUUAGUGUUAAAGUAUGAAACUAAAUGACUGAGACUCUACAAUGAGAAAAAAUAUAUUUGUACACGAAAGCAAA